UAAGCUGUCCACAAAGUUGUGUAUGUGGUGCGGUCUCCCCCGGAACCGUUCUGCCCAAACAUCUCUCCUGUCCACUACACUUCUCCAGGGAAGGUCACUGCUAUCGUUACGUGGUCUACUGCCGCGGCUACACAUGCGAUCAUACAGACUGAAGGUCCACGCUCAGGGUCAGCGUUACCUGAGGGUUCGUACAGAGUGACCUACAAGACCACAGAUGGAGGUCAAUCAUCACAGUGCAGUGUGUUAUUCGCUGUUGAGAUUCGCAGGUGUGGAAUCUUGCACAGUCCGAGGCAUGGGAGUGUUGAAUGUAUUCAAGGAGUGAAGUACGGAGAUAGUUGCACGUAUUCGUGUGGUCCAGGCUACGUACUGAACGGGACUUCCGAAAACACCUGCGGUUACAACGGGACCUGGGAGCAAGAAUCUCCAACAUGUACAUUGACAACAUGCCCAACUCUAACAAUUCCGGAAAACGGCCUCCCCUUCGACUGUGAUGAUGGAGGUAACUACGGAAGCAUCUGCAUCAUCAACUGCAACACCACAGGGGAUAUGCGGCGACAAGAGACCGUACCACACGCUGCGAUGGAACAACCUGGUCACGAAUCGACUUUGAAUGUUCUGAUGCUGAGGAUCCUGUUUUCACGAACUGUCCAACGCAGACCAUACAUCAGCCAGCAGUUCCAGGCCAGAACGGAAUGGUUGUGACCUGGCCGCAUGUUAUUGCCACUGACAACUCUGGUGACCUCCCUUCUAUCCAGCCGUUGGGUCUGUACAAUAUAACCUCUGGGUCUUUUUCCCCUGGCGUCCAUCUCGUCGCAUUUGAUGCUGAAGAUGCCACCGGAAAUAAAGCAACACGGUGUACCUUUGCAGUUAACAUUGAAGCUAAGGAGUGUUAUCCCCCGGAGUUGGAAGGGGAGUACCUGACCAUGCCCACUUGUGAUCCUCCCUUUUACCUGGGUUCCCACUGUGAGGUGAACUGCCGUUAUGACUUACCUGUGGUUGGGAAGAACUUCAUCACCUGUAGUGAGACAUCUGGCAGCAACCCAACCCAGUACUGGGACUGGGGGCAGCAUGACACUCCUCCGAAGAACAAACCAUUUUGCAAAGUUGAACAAUGCCCAGACCUUCGGCCUCCAGAUCAUGGUGCACUGUCGUGUUCUAUGUUUGCCAGCCAGCGAGUCUGCUACCUGCACUGCAACACUGACUACGAUGUACCACAGACAAAGUAUGAUUAUGAGUUUCGAUGCACUAGUGAUUCUAAUGGAUUAACAGCAUGGAACGCAGGACAUUAUUAUUUGGUCUCUGAAUGCACAAAGAUGCUACCAUUUCUAAGGCAUAUGAGGCGACUUCCGGUCUAUUUGUGGUAUGAAGGAACGUGCGAAGGUGCAGAGGAAAGUAUAAAACAAAGUUUUAAACUGAGGGCUGUAACGACCAUGAACCCUAUCUGUCUUGGGUUGGGUGCAACGCAUUGUCGUGCAGUCAAUGUGAAGGUUUACUGUGGUAGCAGCCGAAGACGUCGCCAUGCUGCUGAAGCAUUGGUGAAUGAUGCUUCAAACAAGAAACAAACGGAAAGACAAAAACGGUCUGUACUGGAAUUACAGGAUCGUGUACGACGAUCUCCCGCAUUGCACUAUGUGGCUUUUGAUGUAGACUUGGAACUUCCUGACAACCCAGCUCUAUCUGACGCAGAUCAAACAGCACAAGCAACUGCAGUUCUUAAUAGUCUGUACCAAGCUUUAAGUGAAGACAGCUCUUUCACUGUGAAUGGUGAAGUGAUCAGUCCAUUGGGAAUGAUGCCCUUGGAAGAACAACCACUAUGUGGUGAAGGGUCCACCAAACCUAGAGUGUCCGAAGAAGGGUGUGUGCCAUGCCCUACAGGCAGUUACUACACGGACGAGCUGUGUGAAUUAUGCCCUGUUGGAUACUACCAGGACACGACAGGUUCCACUGACUGUAAGCAAUGUCCAAUCGGCUUCUCGACUCUCAAAGAGGGCAGUUUCAAUGAAACUCAGUGCUUUGAGAUGUGUGGGCCUGGUCACGUUUCUCCCACUGGGUUGGUCCCCUGUUCAAGUUGUCCAAGGGGAACAUUCCAGCCGGAUACCGGGAACAAAUCCUGUACAGCCUGUCCCCCAGGGCUGACUACCGAGACAGCAGCGUCAGAUACCCAAACGGACUGCGUUGCUCGAGACAUUACAAUGGAGGGACCCGUCACACUCAACAUGACGUCUGUCGCACAAUCUGACAUCUGCGAGUUCACCUUGGGAAUGUGGGUCAAGGUCGAAACAGACGGGAACCAGGCUGAGUUUGAGGUGUUCGGCGCAGAUACUGGAACGUCCCUCCGACUUCAGCUAUCAUCCGACAUCCACGUCAACACAGAGAGUGACAACACGGUCCUUCAAGGUGUUCUGUCACAGAUCUGGACCCAAGUUACACUGAUCUGGACCGCCGAAAAGGUCACCAUCUUUACCAACGGUCAAGGGAUAUGGGAAGGAGAGAUGACAUCUCCUUGUCCUAUCCCAGCCCAGUCAAAGAUGAGGAUCACGGUCGGAAGUGAUGUCUAUGUUCAUCUACGUGGUUUGGUCGUUGUGCCCUCCGUUGACGUUGCCCAUGCAUCCACACUGGCGUCUUCCUGCUCAGCGCUGCUGUCUGGGUCUGUUUUCUCUGUGGAACAUCUGGACAUGGUUCAACUAGCCAAUGUUUAUGAAGCAACCCCUUCAACAUGUACUGAUUCUGACCUAUGCACUGGCUAUUGUGGACAAAACGGACGGUGCUACCUGUCUUCCCCGGUAUCGGCUUAUUGUAUGUGUAACGGUGGAUACACAGGCCCUCUGUGUCUCACCCCUCCUGACCAGUGUAUGGACAAUCAGUGUGCCCAGGGGUCUACCUGCGCCGCAGGGUCGGGGGAGGACGAACUGUUCACGUGCAUCUGCCCUGCGGGUACUACAGGGAGGCUUUGUCAAACUGAUUUACCUGACGGAGAGUGGAGCAUGUGGGAGGAAUGGGGGGCGUGUUCUGUGACAUGUGGGCGUGGCCAGAGGACUAGGCACCGAUACUGUGACAGCCUCCAAGAUGGCAGCAAACCGUGUGUGGGCAAUGCAACCCUUGAGUCCACGUGCCGAAUGGGACAAUGUCCAGAUUGCCUGGCGGAGGACCUGUUGUACGGUCAAGACAACUUAAACCCUGUCUGCAUGUCAAUUGGUGGCAACCUAAGCUGCAUUACUGGCUGCCCCGUUGGUCUGGUGCCAUCACAAGAUGACAUGGAGUACAGAUGUACUAAAGGUGUCUGGACACCAGGACGGGUAGCCCACUCAUGUACAGAACCAGAAGCCCCGCUCACAGUUCAGCUGGAGUAUACCGCCGUGUAUGCAGAUGGAGUCUCCCAAACCUCCGUGAGUUUCUUCCUGGCUUGGCUAGCAACUGGCUUCUCUUGUGUGAAAGAUGGCACCUGCAAGUGGAAGACUCGCGUUAACGCCUGUGAUGAAACUAUCAGGAUCUGCUCGGAGAAUGAUGGCAACAUACUCGGGGUAUUGACCCUGUACAUUGACAUAGCUCCUGGUGAUAUUGACGUGACCCAGCUGCAGACAGAUAGUGAGGUGUCGCCGCACGUAGCAGAGGUACUCACUCCCAGUGGGGGCUUCGUUCAUUACUCAAACGAGACUGACUUACCCACUCACCGUGACCUUGAGCUAGAGGUCAACAAUGACGUCCUCGUGUGUCCAUAUGCUCACUCUCAUGAAUCGGACUGCGUGGCAGUGUCAGACACCUUAGCCAGCAUCCUGGCCGCUUGGAACAAACUGGACAAGGCCAACGCUGAGGUCAGCGUUACUGACUACAGCAACUUCAGCAUCAGUCUCUCUGGUAACGUACCGGAACCUUUCCUUCUGGUGUAUCAGAAUGUCACCUGUAACAACGGCAGCAUCCCUGGGAGCUUCCUCUGCUUGAAGUGUCCGGCCGGUACAUACUUCACUGAUGGUCUCUGUGAGGCGUGUCCCCCGGGUUCCUAUCAAGCCGAGAGGGGACAGACUGAAUGUAAAGCUUGUCCUGGUUUCUAUACAAGUCACGAGGAUGGGAUUACAGAAGAAAGCAUGUGCAGUGCCCCAGAGGAUUCCGACCAGCGCAUCCUUGUAACCAGUGGUCAAAACACGCUGACCAUUAUCAACGCCGCCUCGCUUACCCCUGAUACAUUGAACCUUGACAUCACCACCGGCAGCGUCUCCAAUCUCAUCUACAGCGCCACCGACGACUUCUUGUACUACAGCACCUUAGCCCCAGCUUCGAUCAGGAGAAUGAAACAAGAUGGAAGCCAGUCGACAUCAAUUCUUUCCAUUUCAGGUCAAGAGAUCACAGGCCUGGCUGUAGACGACAGGUCCGGGAUUGUCUUCUUUACCCUGACUAGUGGUAGCCUCCUUGGUGUGUCCGCUGACGUUGGGGGUGCCAGUUUUAUUCUCAGCGGACUCAGUGAACCACGUGACCUCGUCUUUCACCAAGAGAAAUUUGUUAUGUACUGGGCUGAAGGGAACACGAUAAUGCAGCUGAGGUAUGGAGAGACUUCAAGAACAGUCGUCCUGGAGGAGGAUCAUCCUAUCAAACAUCUUAGUCUCGACACUGAAAUGGAAAGAUUGAUGUGGUUCAGUAACGGCGAUUUGAAGAGCUGCGACACCGACGGGACUGGCGUUAUCUACCUCGUCGACAACGCCAGUGAUCUGUACGGGAAAAUGAACAACUACUAUUUCUACGUCGACGCCAAUUCAAAGCUGAUCCGAGUGACUGUCGAGGGUGUUAACAGGAGUGAAGUGACGACGCUGCCGCCGUUUGUCACAAGUGUCUCCGUCGUCUCGACCGUUAAACCGGAACUUGGGCGACUGGAGUGUUUUGUAGGCGUCCACAACUGUGCUGGUUUGUGUUGGCAGACCAGUCAUUACACGGCCAAAUGCAUCUGAAAUACUACAGGACACGUUCCUUUCAUGGUCCCGAUCUACAUAUCAUUCGUAACGUUACGAUUUAUCGCAGCUGUAUAUUAACUCACAGGCUUACGAAUGUCAAAGCGCUUUCUAUCUGGAUCCUGGUCAGUACCAAUCCCACUAACACUGGCCUGGGUCCCGAUCCACAAAAUAUUCGCACCGUUACGACCUGUCGCAAUUCUGUACUAUUAAAUCGUGGCUUAAGAAUGCCAUAGCGCUAAGAAGGCUCUAUUAAUUCGGACACUGAGCGCUACGACUAUCGUAAGCCUAUGUUAAAGUAUGGGAGUUACGACCUUCUUAGUGCUAAGAUCGUUUCUGCCACCGGGUCCAGGGCCUAGAUUUUCGAAGCUCUCUUAGCGCUAAGAUAGUCGUAAGUGCCAUACAAUAACAUUAACUUACGGCUAUCUUAGCGCUAAGAUAGCUUCGAAAAUCUAGGCCCAGGUCAGGAACAAUCCCACUAACACCGACCCUCUGGGUCCGAAGUCACGAAGCGUCCUCGUGGUUACUGCCUACUCAUGAGUUACGAAUGUUGUAGCCCUACGAACGAUUUGCUGAUGGAGACCAUAAUCAGUAAUUGCCCCUCUGACACUCGGCUCUAACGAAGCUGUACGCUAGCUGUAGACUUGCAAUUAAAGUACGAGCAAA